GUAUUUACCAAAAGGUAUGAGUAAUUGCGCAUGCCCAAAGUUACUUCCGGAGUAUUUUGAUUUGUAAAUUUUGAGUAAAAUAUUUGGAAAAUGGAAUGAAAACCACUCGAACAGAAUGAAUUAUAUAGCCCUAAUAGUUUUGUUAACUUUCGUAUCCACAGUAUGGUGUGCUGACCCGAAAGUUGUCCUUAGGUACACAUUUCCAAAGACUGUGAUCAGAAGUAACUACAAGACAGUUGUCGUAGAAAAAGACAGCGAUUGUUUUUUGGCCUGUAUUGUGGAUAACAAACCGGCUGAUAAAAAGGUUCAAUGGUUGGUACAGAACUUCCGUACAAACACACCCAUUCCUAUAUCUACUGAUACAGACACUCAGAAUGCCUUCAAAUAUCAGAUAGAUAAGCCUGCCGCCAACAACUGGCGCUUGAAGAUCCAGAAUGCUCAAGAGUCAGACCAGGCUCUCUAUAUAUGCAGAGUCCAGCUUGGCGGGCAGCAGAACGCUAACGACAGUCGUAUGAUACAAGUUAUUCAGAAACCACAGAUUAUCGAUAUCUUUACAAGUUCUAACACAAUCAAGAAAGAGGGUGACCCUCUAGAACUGACUUGUGAUGCUAGUGGUAUCCCAAAACCUGUCAUCAGCUGGACUAUGGUGGGAGGUGGUGUCCUACCAACUGGGGGGAGAGAGCUCACUGCGCCAUCUAUCAAGGUUGACAGUGUGGAUAGGGACAUGAAAGGAGCUUAUAAAUGUAAAGCUGAGAAUAUUGCGGGAACCGAUAUCCGUAGCAUAUACCUCAAUGUACAGUUCCAGCCUCAAGUAAGGGCCAAAGAGGAGGUAGUAGCACAAGCUGUGGGCUAUAGUCGUGAACUGACCUGUCUGGCUGCGGGUAACCCAGUUCCUGAUGAAUCACAGAUGUAUUGGUCUAGAGAUGGAGUACCAUUGGAUGAUAGAAACAAAUACGCUGAGGAGUAUUACUUUGGGUCGAACUACGUCUUGAUGAAACUGAUUAUACAAGAUAUUACUGAGAAUGAUUUCGGACAGUACAGGUGUUACGCUGAAAACAUUGAGGGAAAUGAGAAUGCAUUUGUUGAGCUACAGCAGUCGUCAUCGCAAGUUAUUGAGCGGCCUGGUAUGAGCGGCAGUUCCAUGUUAACUUUCAGUAUAACAACAAUAACAAUGUUGGUGGUGACAGUGUUGCUGCACUGUUGUUAAUUGUCACGUUUUUAACUGUUUUAUCAUUCCUCAUUGAACUUUUAUUCAGAUUGGACCAAUUAGUGUAAUUAACUCUUAGCCAGCUAUCAGUAUCUGAAUCUUCUUGUGUAACCAGUGCAGACCAAUACCAGCCGGUACUAUCUGCGCUGCCUGAUCAUGGUCUACACUUUUCACAAUUCAGUCUGCACAUUAUAUUAAAAUAUAUAUUGAAUUUUCCUUACAAAAUGAUGACGAGCCUUAUUCAGAUACGGGCAAAUUCAUUUAAGAUAUUUAGUGUGGUAUUUUAGGUUAAUUUUUUGGACUCAUUGAUUUUAUCAAGGGAGAGAAUUUAUCAUGAUAUAAUUCUACAAUUACGGAAAAAUCAUUCAAUUUUCUGAGUGCCUGUAUAGUCACUUGUUUACAUUAUUUUAUUUUCAUGACAUACUGCUGUAAUUUUAAAAAAAAUUGUGCAUCCUUUUUAAAGAAUUUUCUUUGUUUCUUUACAUAAAUAUGGUAUGAAAUGGUUUCUAAGUAAAUUUUCCAAAUUUUCAUGAAAUUUAACUUUGGCAUUGAAAAAUGGCUAGUGAAACUUUUUCUCCACUUUUUAACAAAUUUUAAACUUGAUUUAGUACAUGUAGUAAUUUUAUAGUAAAUUUCCCAGGUUGUAUGCAUUUUUUUAUAAUAUGGUUUGAAUCAGUUAAUAAUCAGUCUAGUUUUCAUUAAUUGUACAUACCUCCACUUUUCAUUUAAUGAAAGGAAAACAUAAUAAAUAAUUGUAUAUAUAUUCUGUUUUUACACAUUUCUAGAUAUUUCAUUAACAUAUUCAUUGUAAAAUAUGCUUCAUUAUUGUAGUUCUAGGAAAAAUUAACAUAUCAUGUAUAUAUAUAGAUCUUUUAUUACCUUCAAUUGUACAGUGCUUUUAAUCUUUUAGUAUACUCAAAGUAAGGAAUCUUCAACUUUUAAACCGUCUUUGAUUUGUAUGUUGUGUGGAAUUUCAAAUAUGAAGGGAGGUAAUUCUGGGAGGUUAAAUGAAAAAUUGUCUCCACUCACUGCUGGGUUUUAGUUCUUUGAACAUGCUAUUUUGCAAAGAAAGAUCUUUUUUUAAGUAAGUCUAACAUUUCCAGCACUUUCAGUCUAAACAAAAUUAAUGUUUAAUGUAUUGUCAUGAUUUUCAUGCUUUUCUGUGAUGUUUUAGGUAGAUUGCCUCCCUUUAUAGAUUAGAUUAUAGAAUGUACAUAUCAGUUUUGUAAUCUUUUGUGUUUGGUCAAUAAUCAGACUCGGAAAGAAUCUCCAUAUGUAUAAAAAUAUACUGAAUGUUUGUUAACUUUAUUCUGAUUCUAAGCAAUUUUACCAAGUAAACCUAUUUCCUAUAUCUAUGAAAUCUCAUUAUUUCAAUGUUAAGAGAUUACAUUUAAAAGCAUUUUAAACUGCUUUUUCAAUUGUGAUAUUCAGCUAUGAUUUAAAAAAAUUUCUUCCUUACUUAGAGUGGCAAUAGUUAAGUUUUAUAAUUCAUGGAGCAUAUACACGAUCACGUACAGUUUAAUGACACUUCAAUAGGUAGCAAAUUAUAUAAUCUUAAUACAUAUUUCAGCCAAUAUAAAUUAUUUGUAAUUUUAUUGAACGCAAAAUGUUUUUUUUUCUAUAUUAAGGUAGGUAGACUCAAAUUUAAGAAAGAUUUAUAAUUAACACAUGUACAAAAAUUCUCAACAUUUUACUUCUACAUGUUAUAUGCAAUAUUUUUCCUGGUAUAUUAUCAUUUUUAUACACAAAUAAAAUAUUUUCUUACAUAUAUGUAUA